UUUUAGACCAGGACUGAUUGCGAAAAUGUCGGCGACACUCAAACCCUACCUGAAUACUGUUCGGCACACCCUCAGAAGUGCCAUGUGUUUACAGAACUUUGACUCACAGAUGGUAGAGAGACAUAAUAAACCAGAGGUGGAAGUCAAGAGUAACAAGGAGUUAUUACUGACACCAGUAGUGAUUAGCAGAAAUGACAAGGAAAAAGUUUUGAUUGAAGGCUCGAUAAACUCUGUUAGAAUCAGUAUAGCUGUCAAACAGGCAGAUGACAUUGAGAAAAUUUUGUGUCAUAAAUUUAUGAGGUUUAUGAUGAUGAGAGCAGAAAAUUUCGUAAUACUUCGACGAAAACCAGUUGAGGGAUAUGACAUUAGUUUCCUCAUCACAAACUUCCAUGCAGAACAGAUGUACAAACAUAAGUUGGUAGACUUCGUCAUCCACUUUAUGGAAGAAAUUGAUAAAGAGAUAAGUGAAAUGAAAUUAGCUGUCAACUCCAGGGCUCGUGUCAGUGCGGAAGAAUUCCUCAAGAGGUUUUAGUGACCACAGAACUAAUUAAAGAAUUUAUGAGAAAAAUUCCAUCAGAGACAAUCUGCCAACACAAGGGAGACCGUACUUGACUAUAAAGUAUGUCGGGUAUAUGUUUUCAUUGGAAGGGAGCUGUGACUGUGCUAAGACUUGUUAUGUAGGAACUAUUAUUUUUUACCAUUAAACAUCAUAUCACAGGUUAUUACUACUGAAUUGCAGUAUUUUCAAAUCAUUGUUUCUUGGGAAGAUAUGUCACGCUACCCCAAGAUGAACAUAUGAGGAAAAACAUGUCUAUAAACCUGUCAACCAUUAGUUUCUCGAUGAAUGAAUGAAACAAUUAUGAUUUUGUGGGAACAAGAAAGUACAUUUUGUUACCAAGGUUUUUUUUGAAAAUCUUGCUGAAAAUUUGAAACCAUUUCAAUUUUAUUAGGAUUUAAAUGAUAUUUACUAUCUGUGUCCAUCAUGAUUUUACAGUCUGUAGCUGGUAAACCUGUAUUGGUAUAUGUAGUCAGGAUGUACACAGAUAUUGUGAAGGAUAAAAAAUGCUUGACCAUUACAUAACUUGGAACUGCAAACCUUUGGGAAUCAAAUUAAGCCUGAUAUUUCUUCUACACUGAAUUUUUGAGGAUUAUUUGUUCCAAUAUCAGGUGACAUAUUGGAGAUACUAUUUAGGUAUUUUUUGAAUUCUUUAUGGAAAUUGAUAUCAGAUGGAUGAAAGGUUAUCAUCGUACCUGUGAUUAUGUUCUUUUUGUUUGUCCGUGUACAACCAAUUCAUCAUGACGGUUAAACUGGUAUCAUGAAGACCUAAUUUUAUACAAGACAGAAAUAUAGACUGUACAUUAUUUAUGUAUGCAAGUUAUAUGUACCAGUAUGUAAAUGUACAUUGUAUUUAUCAUAAAAUAUACUUAUUCUCUAAUUCAUCCUCUGGAUGUAUAUACUAGAGGUCUACUAUGAAAAAGCUAUACAUUUCCAAAUGCUUAAAUAAAAUUUUUAACACAGUGUGA